AGAUGUCAUCCCUCGACGCGUUUUCUUCAUGGGGAGUGACUGUCGAUUUUACUUGGAUCAUUUCAGGACCUCGAACACAACGAUGCAAACCACGGUGUGCUACCUGCGAUGACCCUUUCGGAAGAUGUAGUCGACCAUCCUAUUCCUGUCGACAAUGCCUCAGUCGAGGAAGGGCGGCCUUUACCCGCGCAGACACUAGACGGCGAGACCGCGCCGGACGCCUCUCAGCAUCACUCUCUCAAGCACCAUCUACUUGGGCCCUCUUUGACAAAGUCGGGACAAGAUGGGGUGGACCAGAAAAAAGUGUCGGAAAUAAUAUACGAGGCCUCGAAAGGAUCGAAAUUCUUCAACAACGAGGAAAUCAAGGAUAAGAACUUGACCAUCAAGAUCGAACGGAUCCUGAAACGAAAGGCUCAAUUGGAGAAGCUCGAUUUGAAAUCAGAUAUCAGACGAGCGGACGAUUACAUUGCCUCGUUAGAACUCUCAAGAGAUUUGUCACAAUAUGUCGUGCACAUCGACUGUGAUGCCUUCUACGCGGCCGUUGAAGAGAUUGACAGGCCUGAGUUGAAACAUGUGCCCAUGGCAGUCGGGGUCGGUGUUCUCACAACUUGCAACUAUGAAGCUCGAAAGUUUGGAUGUCGAAGUGCAAUGGCGGGUUUUGUGGCGAAGAAACUGUGCCCUCAACUGGUUUGCUUGCCAUUGAACUUUGAGAAAUACACUGCCAAAGCGAAAGAAGUAAGAGCAAUCCUGUCAGAAUAUGACCCGCGAUUCGAAAGCGCGAGUAUCGAUGAAGCGUACAUGAACAUUACCGAGUACUGCGAAACGCACAACAUGGAGCCAGAAGCCGCAGUCGAACAGCUCCGAAAAGAAGUGCAAGAGAACUGCAGGAUCACCAUCUCAGCUGGCAUUGCACCCAAUGCUAAGCUAGCAAAGAUCUGCUCCAACAAGAAUAAACCCAAUGGGCAGUUCAGAAUUCCCAAUGAUCGAGGUGCAGUCAUGUCUUUUAUCUCUACACUGCCAGUUCGCAAAGUCAACGGCAUCGGUCGUGUUUUUGAGCGCGAACUUGAUGCCAUUGGAAUCAAGAAUUGUGGCGAUAUCUACCCUCAACGCGGCUAUCUGUACAAGCUGUUUGGAGAGAAAGCAUUCCAGUUCCUCAUGCAAACAUCUCUCGGUUUAGGAAGGACGAAUGUUCAGCCAGCUGAGGAGUAUGAACGGAAAAGCGUCGGUACUGAAAGCACUUUCCGCGACAUCAGCAGCAAGGAAGAAGUACGAGAAAAACUUCGCCAUACGGCUGAAGAACUCGAAAAGGACAUGGCUAGGGUCGAAGUCAAAGGUCGUACUCUUGUACUCAAGAUCAAAUUACACACCUAUGAGGUCUUCACUCGCCAAGUCGCUCCACCCAAGGCUGUCCAUCUCGCAGAAGACCUGUACAACUAUAGUCUUCCCAUGUUGGUCAAACUUGAAAAGGAGAUGCCCGAUUUCAGAAUACGUCUCUUAGGCCUUCGUUGUACUCAUCUUGUCAGCACCAAAAAGGACAAGCCGGAUUUCUUCCGGCCUCGCGCAGCGAAAGGGUCGUCAAAUGAUCAAGCUACUGAUAACGGCGGAUGGGAAGUCUGGCCGGACUCUGAGUUUGAAGACGCUGUCCGACAAGAACGACAGGAAGAGAUGGAAGAACUUGAACGUCUGAGCCAAGAGCAGCAGCAAGCCGACGAGGGCGAUCUGCAACAUUCGACUGCUGAUUGGCAUGAACCUUUCGGGCGAUACAAAUAUGGUAGUGAACCCAACUCUCCGGCCAAACAUGGACGUGUGAGAAACGAGGCCCCAGAAAUACCAAGCAACCAACAACAAGAGCAGCUUUGGAAUUGUCCUAUAUGCCAGCUUCCACAACCAGCCAAUGAUCGAGAUUUCAAUUCUCACAUCGACCUAUGUCUUUCACGCCAGACAAUCAAGGACGCCGUCGCAGAGGCACAGACGUCUACGAAUGUAUCUCGUGCUUCGCCCGAAGUGUCCAUCAUGCCUGGUCGCCCCAAGUCUGCACUUGGAGUUUCUGCUGGAACAAGAACGGCCUCGAAGCGGAAAUCGGCUACUAGUGUCUCGAAUGGUAUGGGGUCCGACGAAGUCAAUGGGAGAAAGCAGAAGAAAUUGUUCUUUACCUGAACAAAGGCACUUGGAUUACAUGUAUGAUUGAUGAAUUGAUGAAGUAUAGAGAAAUAAUGAUCUGUUCAAGAGACGCCAGAGUAGGUACUGUAAAAGAUG